AUGCGCCAACGAGCAAUCAAUAGUCGCAUCCUCUUUGUGUAUCCAUCGAAUGAAGAAAUUCAUCAAGAGCUUCAAUCUUCCAUCGAUGCAGUCAAGGAUAUACAGAGUUCAGAACUUCAUGUUCUUACCGAUAUCUUAGAUGAUCCUCCUCCAAAGUUUGUGAGUGUUGCAUAUGUUUCUUCUCCAGUUGUCGAUGAUGAAGACUCAGAAGAAGUCGUAUUUGAAGAUGACAACACAAUUGUCGGUGUCAUUCAUAUUCCCUCCUUGCUCAACAUUUUUUACAAGCCAUCCUCCUUUAAAGCUCAAUUCAAUUUUAGAGUCUCUUCGUCCUCGGAAGCUUCAGAUGAAAAUUUUGAAUAUGAGCAAAAUUACGUUGUUCCUCCUCCUGCAGAAAACACAUUAGAAGUUCAUCAAGAUUCUCCUACUAGAAAAAGCUCCACGGGAGAUAACGUUGCUACAGAAAACUCCACGGUUGACAAGGUCACUCAGCAAGUAGCAGACCUUGAGUCAAAACUGGUCCUGGUACUCAAAUCUCUUUUCGAGAUCAAGGUUGUCGCUCCGUCUGAACUUGAACUUGCAAAUCAGCUGGACCAACUUAUCUUGUUUCGCCUAAGUCAUACUCUAGAAGAUGUCAAAUCACGUUACAAGGGCAACAUGGAUCAUCACAUCACUACCAUCAACACUUGUCAUAACUAG